AGUAUAGUAUUUAAGAAAAAUUUCAGCUUUCAUUGUUCUGGAGUGAAGGCGCCAUCUUUGCAAUGGCAACCCUUCGCAGGCUCAUCAUCCCCUUUCGUUCUUCUCUUCUUGUGUUUGUGUAUUAUCGUUUGGAUCAUAGAUAUGAAUACCCUUUUUGAUAGUGUCACUGAUAGUAGCAAAUUUUGCUGCAGAGGACAAGUUAUUCUCAUUAUGGAUGUAAAGAAGGGUUUUUAGGAGGCGGUUAUCGUCAAUGUAGUAGUAUAGUGUCUUCAGAACCAAAAGUAUUGAAGUUUGAAGACCAAGAAAAACUGUUAGCAAAUGCAAAAGAUUCACUUUCUGAGGAAGAGAUUUCGAAAAUUAGGGAAGAAUAUAAUGCUGCGAAGGAGAAGUUUCUAAAGAUUCCUGAUGCAUUGAAACAAAUGUCCAAAAUGAAUCCUAAAGGUAUAUACGUUAAUAAGAACGUGCGGUUGGACAGCAUACAAGUCUAUGGAUUCGACUAUGAUUACACGUUGGCGCAUUACUCCUCCAAUUUACAGUGCUUGAUUUACGAUCUUGCAAAACAGCAUCUAGUUAAUGAGUUCAAAUAUCCUGAUACUUGCUUGGAGUUCAAGUAUGAUCCAAGUUUUCCCAUCAGAGGGUUAUACUAUGACAAAUCAAAGGGUUGUCUUAUGAAGUUGGACUUUUUUGGGUCAAUUGAGCUUGACGGGUGCUACUACGGCAGGCGCAAGCUCAGCCGUGAGGAAAUAGAUGAGAUGUAUGGUACAAGACAUAUUGGCCGUGAUCAAGCACGAGAACUAGUUUGUUUGAUGGAUUUCUUUUGUUUCAGUGAGGCCUGCCUUAUUGCUGAUAUUGUGCAACAUUUUGUUGACGCUAAAUUGGAAUUUGAUGCUCGUUACGUAUAUGAAGAUGUGAAUCGAGCGAUACAGUAUGUUCAUAAUAGCGGGUUAGUUCACAGAGGAAUUCUUGCUGACCCCCCCAGAUACCUUGUAAAGAAUGAUCAGCUGCUACGCUUUCUAAGGAUGCUGAAGGAUAAAGGAAAGAAACUUUUCUUGUUGACCAACUCGCCCUUUUAUUUUGUGGAUGGAGGGAUGCGCUUUAUGUUGCAGGAUUCUUUGGGUCAGCAAGAUUCCUGGAAGGAACUUUUUGAUGUCGUAAUUGCUAAAGCAAACAAGCCAGAGUUUUACAAAUCGGACCAUCCAUUUCGCUGCUAUGAUGUGGAGAAGGACACAUUGGCUUUUACAAAAGUUGAUGCUUUCUUGCCCGGUAAAAUUUACUACCAUGGAUGCCUUAAAGCAUUCUUGCAGAUUACAAAGUGGAAAGGUCCAGAGGUGAUAUAUUUUGGGGAUCACCUCUUUAGUGAUCUCAGAGGUCCUUCAAAAGCAGGGUGGCGGACUGCUGCCAUCAUCCAUGAAUUGAAGAGUGAGAUCAUGAUUCAGAAUGAUAAUUCUUACAGAUUUGAACAGGCGAAGUUUCACAUAAUGCAAGAACUUCUUGGUAGGCUUCAUGCCACCGCAACUAGUAGUAUGACAAGUGAAGCAUACAAGUCUCUCCUUAGGGAGCUCAAUGAUGAAAGACAAAAGACUCGCUACAAAAUGAAGGGAAUGUUCAAUAAAUCGUUUGGAGCUACGUUCCUCACUGAUACUGGUCAGGAAUCUGCUUUUGCUUACCACAUUCAUCAAUAUGCAGAUAUCUAUACUAGUGAGCCCGAGAAUUUUUUGUACUAUCCACCUGAGGCUUGGUUUCAUGUGCCCUAUGAUAUAAAAAUCAUGCCACACCAUCUAAAGGUUUCAUCAAAUUUGUUCAGGACUUGACUACAUCAAUCAUAUACUAACUUUUACGGUGACCUGAAUAUCUCCAACGACCCCAUUCUCCGGAAGAAAUCUGGUAGAUUCAUCGUAUUCUAGACUCGUAGUGUUCUGAUAAAAUUGGAACGAUACAGAAAAAAAGUAACAUUUUGGGUGAUUAUAGUA